GCAUUGUUACCGGCCUCCAGGGCUCGGCAGGGCAUGAAUGCCCGGUGGUGCCGGGCCCGAGGUUGGCGGCUGCGUUCGUGGUCAACAGCAACCUUCUUGCUCUUCUCAACAUGUACCAUCUGCCCAUUAUGGUUGUAACCAUAACCGCCGCAGCUGCUACACCCCGCAACUAUGCCAGCGACACCAGAGACGACCCUGAUUCAGCUCGAAGGUCCGCGCGACGGCGUACUUUGGAUAAAGCUCAACCGUCCACAGUCGGGAAACUCCUUACACCCUCAGCUGGUUGUCGAAACGCUCAGAGCCAUCCGCUGGGCCGACGAGAAUGAUAGCGUUAGCAUAGUCAUCUUGACUGGGCAAGGCCGCUUCUUCUGUACAGGGAUGGACCUGUCCAGCGACGAGCAACUGUCGUUUGCACCCGGCGCAGACUUCCACCAACUGAACAAAGCCCUUAUCCUCACCGAGAAGAUCCUCAUUGCUGCGGUGAAUGGGCCAGCGGUUGGGUACGGGGCUACCAGUCUCGCGCUGUUCGAUCUCGUCUAUUCCGUCCCGGAUGCUUAUUUCUUCACCCCGUUUGUGAAAUGGGGCAUGGUCCCGGAGGCUGCUUCGAGUGUCAGCUUCCUACGGUUAAUGGGCCACCAGAGGGCGGCUCUGCUAUGUCUCACUGGGGAGCGGAUCCUCGCUCCAGAAGCAAGGGAGUUGGGCCUUGUUAGCAAGAUUCUCCCGGCUGAGGGUUUCUUGGAGCAGGUUGGGGAGAUCGCAAGCGCGCUUGCCCGGUCCCCGACGGGGUCCUUGCUAGCAACAAAGCGGUUGAUGAAGCAGCCUGCGAUCAAGGACCUGUUGGAGGCAAAUGAUCGAGAGUGUCGCGUUAUUGUGGAAGAGCGAAUUCCAAGCGGGGAUCUACAACGAGGAAGGGAGAGAUUCCAGGCCGGCCAGCGAGGGAAACGCAGUCCAAAGGGUGUCUUGUAAAUAGGAUCAGUUCCCGGCAUUUAGUAGUAUAGCACAAAGCUCAACUCGUUGAAUUUAUUCGAGUACGCAAAGUGCUUCUAUUUCUGUUCACAAUUGCAUCAAGCUAGACAUGCUCUACCCUCUGUAUAACAACUGCAGUUGCCGCACCACCGCCGUUGCAGACGGCUGCAACUCCAUAUUCGCCCGGUUGUAGCUGAUGAGCCAAGGUGGUGAGAAUCCUCGACCCAGAACUGCCGAGUGCAUGGCCCAGAGAUAUCGCGCCCCCAAGGGGAUUUAUAUUUGCACCCUCAAGACCGAGUAUCUGAAGUCACAUUAGCAC